GGCGCGCAGACGAAAACCACCAAAAAGUUCCGUUUUUCUCAGAUUCCGAAGGUGAUUGAUCUUCAGUGCGGUUUGUAGUGAUGUAGAUAAUAUUAUGCAAGCGGUAUUUCCGUUCAAUUCGUCACACAUUACGCUCCAUUCAUUUGCUUAUAAACUGAUUGAUGUUGUCCUAUGUUUAUUCAUAAUCGAAGUAAACAAACCUUCCGAACAUGUGGGCUGAAAUCGCAUUCUAUUUCUUUUUGGUAUCUUUCCAUGCAAUUCUUAAAGUAGAUUGCGCACCUCUCCCGCAAGAAAAGCUGCCAUCCAAAGAAAUGGAAAAAUUCAUGAAACAGUACGGAUACAUCGAAUCAGGCCCGGGUGACGCAGAUGCUCUCUAUACAGUGGAAGGAUUCAAGAAAGCCAUUCAGCAGAUGCAAAAGUUCGGUGGCCUGCCACAGACUGGUGAACUGGACGAAGCCACGCUCAACUUAACUAAAACACCGCGGUGUGGAGUGCCGGACGUUAUUCAGCAUCAUCGGAGCAAGAGAUAUGUUAUCGGAUCAGGCGCAUGGAAAAAGAGGAAUAUCACUUACUUCUUAGCCAACUGGCCUCCAGAACUGGAACCCCAAUUGACUCGCUCCAAACUUGCCAAAGCCCUCGGUCUAUGGUCGGACGUGACGCCCCUUCGUUUCAAUCCCCGUGAGAGCAUGGACGCCGACCUCAUUAUAGCGUUCGGCAGAGGACCCCAUGGAGACGGGUAUGCUUUCGACGGUCCGGGUGGUGUUUUGGCUCACGCAUUCUUCCCUUAUGAGCAUGGGUCAUUCGGGGGCGACAUUCACUUCGAUGACGACGAACACUGGAUUGAUGGAGAAACAACGAAGAAAGAAGACGGAGUCGAUUUCUACACAGUGGCGGCCCACGAAAUAGGACAUAGCCUUGGCCUUGCCCAUUCCACAGUCACUACAUCCAUUAUGUUUCCUUACUACAAAGGGUAUGAUUCAUACAUGAGGCUCGAUUACGAUGACAUCUACGCCAUGUACUCUAUGUACGUUCUAAACGCCAAUUUUGAGGAGGAAACUCAAGCUCCAACUGUCGAUGAAACCCCUCAUUAUCCUGACAGGGAAGAUGAGACACCACAUUAUCCUGACAGGGAAGAUGAGACACCACAUUAUCCUGACAGUGAAGAUGAGACACCACAUUAUCCUGACAGAGAUGGCGAAACACCUCAUUAUCCAGACAAAGAAGACGAAUCACCACAUUUUCCCGACAGGGAUGAUGGAACACCACAUUACCCCGACAAAGAAGACGAAAGCCCAUAUUAUCCGGGCAGGGAUAAUGGAGCACCACAUUAUCCCGAGAAGGAAGAUGAGACACCAUAUUAUCCAGAUAGAGAUAACGGAGCACCACAUUAUCCCGAUAAAGAAGACGAGACACCACAUUAUCCCGACAAAAAUGAUGAUUCUGAUGAAGAUAAUGAUGAAAACAGAACUGAUAGCUCAAAUGAUAAUGAUGAAGACUCGGCCACUGAACCGAAACAUGAAGAUCCUACAGAAACUGAUGGAAAUGAGGAGGAUGUUAGGACAGUAGACGAUGACUUCGCCAAAGAUGAGGAGACUGUUUACACAGAUUCUGAUUGGUUGGAUAAGGAUGAUGGUAAACGGCAUACCACUGUAUCAACUACGAAAAAAACCUUCGAAACCACAACACCACUCCCUCCAGUGAUCACAACUCCAGGGAUCAAGAAAACUACUCCAAAACCCACGAAUCUUUGUGAAGGUUCCAUUGAUGCGGCUUCGUUGUUCAGAGACGAACUGUUUGUGUUCAAAGGCUCUUGCAUGUGGCGACUUCGUGAACGAAAUGAAAGAGUUCCAGGAUAUCCAGUUGAUUUCCACGUAUUUUUCACUGGAAUACCAAGAUCUAUUCAGUCUAUAGAUGCUGUAUACCAGAGACCUUUUGAUUACAAUAUUCUAUUUUUCACAGGCCAGGUGUACUGGAUCUUCGACGGUGAUCGUUUCACUCGAGAUAGCCCUCGUCCGCUGACAGACCUCGGUCUACCUUCUGAUCUGGACAAGCUCGACGCCGCCUUCCUUUGGGCCAAAAACGGAAAGACGUACUUCUUCAGAAGAGACCAGUACUGGCGAUACGAUGACAGGAACAAGAAGAUGGAAGGUGGAUAUCCGCAGAGGAUAACGCGAUGGAGAGGGCUUGUGCCUGGAAUCGAUACGGCCUUUACGUGGCGUGACAGAAAGACGUAUUUUUUCAAAGAUGACAUCUUCUGGCGAUUUAAUAAUCAGAAUGUGUCAGUGGACGCCGGUUUUCCCCAACCCACUGCAUCUUUCUGGUUUGGAUGCCAUGUCUGAGCUGAUAUGAAAAAAAAAAAUGUUUUUGCAUUUCGUAUCACCUUUCCUCGAUAAUGCUAUCUCUAUUACGAGAAGAUCUUUUAAGAAAGGUUUAGUAAAGAAGACGUGCAAAAUAAGGUGUAAACUAGAGAUGUGGUGGAGAUCAUAAAAAAAGGAAAUCAUUAGUUGUGUUAUAGCAGCUGCGCUUUAUUUUACUUAUAUGUAAUCAUUUGUACCUUAUAAUAAAUUUCUUUAUAGAA